CGCUUGUGGCGAGUGCUGUGUACGUGCGCGCCUUCAUGGAGGCGGAGGCGGUGGGAGGUUUUAAGGAUACGGCGGCGUCAGUGGAAGCGUCGACGGUGUUUCCGGGGUUCAAGUUCUCGCCGACGGACGUGGAGCUUAUCUCGUACUACCUGAAGCGGAAGAUGGACGGCUUGGAGAGGUCCGUCGAGGUUAUACCGGACGCCGAUAUCUACAAUUUCGAGCCCUGGGACUUGCCCGGUUUGUCUUCGUUCCGAUUCUUUCUUCUACUUCGAACUUGCUCUUGCUGUUCGUGGUUUCGCCCUCAUGAAUCAGGAAGAAAUAAACAUAGCACUUACUAUUUUGGGUGCUCGGAGAUAUCGUUAUCAAAUACUCAGUUUCUAGGGGAAGAUAAGUCGAUAGUGAAAUCUGAAACGGAAUGGUUCUUCUUCUGCGCCCGUGGCAAAAAGUAUCCACACGGUUCGCAGAACAGGAGAGCGACCAAGAUGGGAUACUGGAAAGCGACUGGGAAAGAGCGUGAUGUCAAGUCUGGCUCUGAAGUCAUCGGAACAAAGAGGACGCUUGUCUUCCAUACCGGUCGUGCACCAAAAGGCGAGAGAACAGAAUGGCUUAUGCACGAAUACUGCAUGAAAGGAGUAUCUCUGGAUGAUGCUGCUUUGGUUGUUUGCCGGCUUAAGAGGAACAAAGAAUUUCAAAGUUGUACAAAUCAGAAGGCACGAGCGCCACAUUCAGCACCCGAGAAGAAGCACACGAUCUUGCAAAAUGGUGCUGCUGCUGCUGCUUCAGGAAGCCCGUCUGAUUUGGACGACAUGGUUGAUUUUUACCGUGCAGGUGAAUCAGGGGUUAAACUGGUCAAUGAGAUGGCAGCGACCGCAGAAGAUCUACAGGUGCACACUGAAGAUGAUUUCUUUGCGGAUAUCCUAAGGGACGAGAUCAUAAACCUUGAUGAAAUGGUGAUGUCGGGGAGCACAUCAAACGAAGUCCCAACACUUGAAUCAGCGUCAAUGUCUAUAAGGGUACUUCCGUUACCAAACAUGAUAGACAAACAAAUGGCUUCGCUGGUAGAGGCAAUACCAUCACAGGAGAAGAGCGGAAAAGAGAGCAAUGGCACUGAAUCAUUGUCGAGCUGCUUCGUGGGUCUGUACUCGAUCAAAACGGUGAACCGGGCACGAUGGAAUGUUAUUAUAUGUGUUGUGGCUCUGACUGUGUUGUUGUUUUUUCUAGAGCGGUUUUGUUGUCCUGUCUUU